UUGACGUUCUGCGCCCAGUGCUUGCCACGUUUCCCUGGCAACGGUUCUUGGUCUCAGAAGACCAUCUAGCAAUUUGUGGGACUGCGCCGGGUCUGGGCCGCCCUUUCCCGGUUCUUAAGACCUUGAAGCCGGGUUGACCCGGUGAGUGGUUCAAGUCAGGGGACACCACUGUUGGAAGCGACCCACCAGAGAAGAUGAAACCAUCACCGAGGUUCCUCUUUUCUCUCCCAGGGUGAUUCCUCCCCAGUGGUUUAUAUGUUUCAUGGAACAAUCAUAGAGGAACUAAUCAAUCAUGAAGAGUGGAGUCAUUAUAAUGAGAAUAUCAUAGAAGAUCAGAAAGAUUUUGUUUUUAUAAAAUUCAAUGGUCUUCACUUAAAAUCUAUGGAAAAUGUGCAAUCAUGCAUUUCUCUUAGAGUGUGCAUUUUCUCAAACAAUUUUAUUACAGAUAUACAUCCACUUCAAACUUGUAUAAAAUUAAUCAAACUUGAUCUCCAUGGAAAUCAGAUAAAGAGUCUACCAGAUACUGAUUUUUGGAGUGGAUUAAAGAAUCUAAAACUCCUCUACCUUCAUGACAAUGGCUUUGUUAAGCUGAAGAACUUAUGUGCAUUAUCUGCCUGUCCAGCCCUCAUUGCUCUCACCAUGUUUGAUUGUCCAGUAAGCCUUAAAAAAGGGUACAGACAUGUUCUUGUUAACAGUAUAUGGACUCUCAAAGCGCUGGAUCAUCAUGUGAUUUCUGAUGAAGAAAUAAUUCAGAACUGGCCUCUUCCUGAAAGAUUCAAAACAUGUAAUGACCGACUUUUCUUUAACUUCUGCCCUGCUUUAAGAAAGGGAAAAACUUAUGAGGAUGAAAUUAAUAAUAUUAACCAUAUUAUUUCAAGAAUUAAUGAAAUUCUGGCUCAUAACUCACCAGUUUUGAUCAUUCAAAGAUGGAUACGUGGUUUCUUAGUUAGAAAGCAUUUAAGCCUUGUGUUUUUAUGUAAAAGACGUCAGGAGAAAAUUACUCGAGACUAUGAAACAAAAUGGAUUUAUAUAACCAAAGAGAAUGAAGAGCAAGUCUUUAAGGAUAUCUUUUGCAGGCCUGAAACUAAUGUAAAAGGAAAACUUGCACGUUGGAAGCAUGAUGUGUCUCCUGCAGAUGCAAAAAUAUCUAUUGAACAGAGAAGAGAUGUUUCCCCUCUUUUAUCUGAAUUAAAAACAAAAGAUAUUAGCAAGAAAUCAAAAAAAUCAAGACAUCUCACUCAAAAAGGUCAGGAGUCUACAGAUGAAACUGAGGAUGAAGAAUUGGAUACCAGUUUUAGUAUAUCAUCUGUCAAACUGCCCAUAUGCACUUCGGGUCCACUGAAGUAUGCUGAAGCACUGAAAGAAAAGCAAGUUUAUUUUCCUGCCCUCACCCAGCCAUCUUCUAUUACUCAUCCAAAACCACUAAUUAAAAAAGACACAGUAUCGGAGAGGAAGACAAGAAAGCGAUUUACUACACAGGGACCUAGUAUAAAACUUCAAAUGCUUAACGAUGUUGAUGAAUAUUACACAGAAGAAAAGAAACAGGAACGCCAUACUGAAAAAGUAAAAACUGUAGCCAUGGCACGUGCUGCCCAAAGAAGAAUUAGCCUAGCUGUUGAAAAAAAUUUAAACAAGAAAAAAUGUAUUGAACAGAAGCUAAUUGAAAGACAUAAGGAGACAAUUCAGAGAGGUGUACAGCAACUUUUGCAGGAAAGGUUAAACUAUCUCGCAAAAGUUAAAGAGAGAAGAACUCUCUUUCUAGAACAGAAGUACCAAAAGGCCGAAGAAAACUUAUUAAUUCAAAGCUUAAAUAAUGAGCGCACCCUUUUGCUCAAAGGAAUGGUUAAAAUCGACAGGUUGAACAAGAAUGAAGCUGUCCUAAGAGAGAAAAAAUUGAUUGUUCAGGAAAAACUUAAAGCCGAAAAAUAUCAGAAGAUUUUACUUAAGCAUAUGAAGGAAUUUAGGGCUCAAGAAGUACAUAAAAGACACUGUGAAGAAAAGUUUGUUCAUGAUAUGAUGGCUUUUCGUAAAGCCUGUGAAAGACUUCAAGAUGCUAAAACAAAAGUUGCAACUGUGAAAAAUGUUACCUUUAACUAUUUAAUGGAAUGACAAAAUGAACCAUUGACAAGUAACGUUCAAUGAUCAUCUUAAAUUUCAGCAAUUAUUUUUAGAUGAAGGGCUACAAAUUAAUACUCUAAAUAAAUACUCUAUAGCACAAGAUGGAUUUAUAUUGAAGUCUUCUAAAAAUAUAAAGAAUAAAUUCUUUUUAAUGUUGAUCAUAAUUUAACUGAAGUCCAGUAGACUGAGUGUCUCCCAGUGGUUACUUAGAUAUCCAAAUUCCUAAGGAGCAAGUUCAACUGAUUUCAUCUCUUUCAGGCAAUAUUGUAAAGUGACUGCUAAUAUCGUCUUUCAUAUCCUCUCUCAGUGUAGCAAUUUGUAAGCUAUCUGCAAUAAAUAUUUUUCUGGCUAUCA